AUGCUGUCCAGCAUCCAUCGGCGUGUGGCGCAGGAGGUCGAAUGGGAUUUAGACUUCCCGCUCCUCGCGGCAUUGGAGCAGCGGACGCGCACACCCACCGAGACUCUCACUCGCUGCUGCUGCUGCGCUCUGGCAUCAUCGGCUGCCGCACGAUUGGUCCAACGGCUUGCCGUGACGAUCGGCUCUGUUGCCGAGGCUAAGGCGGUGGCUGAGAUGUUCAGCACCGCGCGGAUGGACUCGUUGCACACCCUUGACCUCACCUUGCACGAUGUUGCAUUUAUUCAGGACGACACAAACCUCGUCCUGCUGCUUUGCGAGGCUACCAAAAGCGCUGCAAGUCUCGUGUCCCUCCGCGUAAUGAUUGUGCCGUGCGACAUGCAGCGUGAACUGCAAUGGAAUCACACGUCGGUGGCGACGCUUGCUGCCAUGAUUCCUCCAACGCUUCAGGUGUUAUCGUUGGAGUAUUUGAGCCUGCAGAGGGCGCGAGAGGAGGACCUGAGGGCUCUUAGCGAUGUCAUAUCGUGCUGUCACGCAAUAACACAUCUCUCUUUACGUGGCACACGCGGCUUCCUCACUCGUGUUGCGUUUUUGCGGGAUGUGGUAGCAGGGAUGCGGCAACUAUCGGUUGUGGAUCUUGGUUCCACUCUGCUCAAUGAUGUACUGCUACAGCAGUUCAUGGUUUCGCUCAAGACGGCUAUUGGCGGCUGGUACCGACUGCGUCAGCUAAACCUCUCGCAGUCCAACGUAUCUGCGUGGGGGCUGCAGCUCAUGCUCCGCGACCUUGGAGAGCUGCGGUCUGAUGAAGUUGCCAGCAUUGAGGUAUUGAAUCUCAGUAGCAAUGGCAUAGAUGAUGAUGGGGCGUUUGUUUUGGCAAGCUGCUGCAUGCGAUGCGAGGAGCUCCGUGAGCUUCAUCUGCGUCACAAUCGACUAACGAAGAAGAGUGCGUCUGCCAUGGGGUCCGCGCUCAUCGCGGCGUCCUCGUUCUGCUGCAUAAAUUUUCAUUCUAACCCACUGGGAGAUGAAGGGCUGAGCAGCUUUUUGCAGUACGCAAAGUACUGGCCGGAGCUGCGCCGUCUCGACGUCACGCGGUGCCGGUUGACGGCGCGAUGCCUCCCGGCGCUCUCCACAGCGCUUCCACUCUUUGACAGACUGGAGGAGUUCGUACUUGACCGCAAUGACUUGCGGCAGCUUGACGCCGCACUACCAAUGGAGGGAGAUGACAGCAGCAGCAGCAGCAGCGUAAAAAUGAGCCAGAAGAAGGGUGAUCUGCCGCUUUUUGUGUACGACCCCCGCUUUAUGCAGGGUGGCCGCAGUGGCGACUGGAAGGUCCCCACGUCCUUCGAGCUCGACCGCCGCGACGCACAGGAGGGGCGCUGCAGGUACACCGGCACGGAGGAGUACCGCGCGGCGCAGGAGACAGCCCACGUGCUGGUUGGCGGUGUGGCGCCGUUCGAGCUGCUCGGUUCGGCGCUCGCUGGGUGUCGUGAGCUGCACCGUCUCUCUCUCUCCGGCUGCGCGCUGACGGACAUGUCCUUCACAGCGCUGGCAAAUGCGCUCGUGGUGCGCCGUCUCGCACACCUCGACCUGAGCUCGAACCCUUUGUUUGCGCACAUGCAAAGUCUUGAGGCCCUCUCGGAAUUGCUUCACCAAUCAGCUGCAACGCUGCAGACACUCGACCUCUCCUGUACUGGCCUCGGGAGCAUAGGCGCCUCGCUUCUUGCGGACGGUUCAGCCGCUGCCGCGGGAGAUGCGGCGCUGUGCUCACUAAAGACCCUGACACAGUUGAAGCUGUCGAGCUGUCGCAUUGGGGCCGACGGACUUGAAGCGCUUGCUGAUGCGCUUCCCAGCAUGGUUUCUUUGGAGCGGCUGUUUCUUGACGGUAACAGUGUAAGCGAGCUGGGCGCUGUUGUCUCCGUUCUCGGGGCGUGUGAGGAGCUGCCGUCGUUGAGGUUUGUUGGUCUUCACGGCUGCAUACCGCCCUGUAGCCUCGCGGACGUUGAAGCAUCCAACGAGUACGUAACAUUGCAACGCAGAGGCAUCGCCGUGCACGUGUAG